CCAGCAAGAGUUGCCAGGCAACAGCCCUGGAUUACUUCGGAUUAAACUCGCUCCACAGUUUGGAAGGGAGGACGCGGGCUGCCAGCGCACUGGCAGUUCCAGAAGGCUGAGAGCCUUGAAGUGAAGGUGCCUUGGACAAGGUGUGUCCCAGGAAGGAGCGUGGAGUUGGAUUACUUGAACAUUUGAAUUAUUGGAAGAUGAGCUUCCUGUUGCCCAAACUGACAAGCAAAAAGGAAGUAGACCAGGCAAUAAAAAGUACCGCCGAGAAAGUGUUGGUUCUCAGGUUUGGGAGAGACGAAGAUCCUGUCUGUCUGCAGCUAGAUGACAUUCUUUCUAAGACCGCUCCUGACCUGAGUAGAAUGGCCGCUAUCUACCUGGUAGAUGUGGCAGAUGCUCCAGUUUACACGCAGUAUUUUGACAUCAGUUAUAUUCCAUCUACUGUAUUUUUCUUCAAUGGGCAGCAUAUGAAAGUGGAUUAUGGGUCUCCAGAUCACACCAAGUUUGUGGGAAGUUUCAAAACUAAACAAGACUUCAUAGAUCUGAUUGAAGUAAUCUAUCGAGGAGCAAUGAGGGGAAAGCUCAUCGUGCAGAGUCCUAUCGAUCCCAAGAAUAUCCCCAAAUAUGAUCUUCUCUAUCAAGACAUUUAGCACAUCAGCUGCUGUUGGAGAAGGAAAGAGAGGCGCGUGGUGAGACAGUACCUGCAUCCAGCUGUGCUAUUUUCUGGAGUCCCCCAGAAAGGUGGGCAGUGCCCCAGCAGAGGCAGGUUUGUCUUGUCUGUAAAAUGCCUGUCCCCUGGGCGAAGGCCCGCCAGUGCCCCGGCGGUCGGGGUCCCAGCCUGUCUGCCCCCGCAAGCCUCGGAUCAGUCAGGCCACCUGCUCAGUUUCCCCAGGGUGACUUUUUCUAGCUUCCCUUUCAUACCAUGCUUUCACUUACCCCAUAAGAUAAUACAGAAGCCUAAACAGAGGCCAGGAAAGGUGAACUGUCUGUCUGAUGUACAAGUAAAUGAAGAGUCCUAUGAAAGCAGAAGUAUUUCUUUUCUCCCUAGACACGCAUGGGUGUCGCACAUACCCUCUCGCCUGUCCCCUUCAUAUCCCUAAUGCUCCCCCAUCUCCAGGCCCUGCUCCCCAGUUUCUCUCAGAAAUUCCCCACUGUUCCAAGCGACUUCAUUUCAUUUUGGAGCCUUUCUAACUCAGGCUUUGAAAAUACUGCCUUUGUCAGCCCAUUUAACCAGCUUCUGUGAUAUUCAGUCUGUCAGGAAUUAAGACCUUGGCCUCCACCGUCCAGCACCCACCUUGAGCAAAACAAAGACAUAACAUGCUUGGUAAGAAGCCCCUCCCUUCCUGAAGUCAGAGUUGCUACUUCUCUCUGAGGCAGAAAGUUGUAUUUCAAGCACUUGAGAUGCAAAGAGGUCAGCAUUGUUCAAAACAAAUAACAUUUUUACAAGACUUGCCAGGUUUAGUGACUGUAUACGAAGACCUCUUGCUCUCCACAGUCCUCCUGCAAACUUGCCAACUCACUGCUUUUCUCACAGCCGUUGGAGCUGAGGUCCCAAUAAGAGGGUGGCAGCUGCACUGCAGGGAGUGGGCCAGGCAGCUUGGGAGCUGUGGGCAGCCAUCGGCCUCUGUGCCAGGUGCCGCUUCUUAGGGAUGUGCCGCAGGCAGUGGUGACCCUGAGAGGUGGUUCAGGCUGCUGUGGCGCGGAAGAAAGGCUGCUGGCGGCUUUUUGUGUCCUAUGUUGAUAAAAGGAGGGAGGCAUUCUUCAGGAAUAAAACAAAAGUACCUCUCUUCUCUGCCCCUA